AUGAAUCAACAAACAACUGCUGCAGUUCAAACAACAGACGGAUAUACAACACCAUUCGAGGUGGUAAAUGGAGUAAGACAAGAAGCAGUGGCACGACCCUUCCUGUUAAACUUUGCCAUCGACGACAUCAUGCGAAGAACAGUCGAUCGGUGUCCUGCCGACAUUGUCUUCGCAUCUUCAGGGUGCCCCUUGACUGAUCUCGAGUACGCCCACGAUGUUGUUAUAUUCGCGGAAACCAUUACGAAACUUCAACAUGUUGUCGACCUUGUAUCGAAGCUGGCUUCAGCUUACUGUCUACGUCUACGCCCUGAUAAGUGCAAACAUGUGGGUCCCCUUGAGACCGUCCACCGGAAUCAGGGCAGACGGGUAGCCGAUCGAACUCGUAAAUGA